AUGGACAGUCCCUCAGUGUCAAGCCUGAUUCUGAAAGCUGUAGCUGCAUCCUCAGAUCGUGGAGGUCUCUCCCUGGCAGCCCUGGAGAAAGCUUUGAAGGCUGGAGGAUAUGACGUGGUGAAGAACAACGUCAGAAUCCUUGUCGCCAUCAAAUGCUUGUUGACCAAAAAGUCUCUGGUCCAAACCAAAGGCAGAGGUGCUUCUGGCUCCUUCAAGUUGAACAACAAGCCUCCCAAACCCCGCAAGAAGAAGGUGGUGAAAAAGAAGCCAACAGCCAAAAAGGUCAAGAAGGCUGGUGUGAAGAAAGCAGCUGGAAGUGCCACUCCUGCAGCCAAGAAGUCACCUAAGAAAAAGAGGAAGUCAAAGAGUCCUAAGAAGAGUCCCAAAAAGAGUCUUAAGAAGGCCAAAUGGGCCACCAGGACCAGAGCUGCUGCUGCUGCUGCCAAGAAGUGA